AUGGGCAAUCCGGGUAAUCCGGGCGGGCAAAUUGGCAUCACCGAGUGGGUGAAAGCCUUCGUUGGCGGAGAAAGACUUAAAUACUGAAGGUGGAGAGAGAGAGGGAGAGAGAAAAGAGAGGUGAAAUUAACACAAACACAUCGCCUUCAUUCUGUCUCUCCUCCUCUUCCUUUCCCUUCGCUUUUAUACCUCUCUCUGGUGUUCUCUUGAUUCUCCGAUCGCGUCUUUGCUUGGGAGCCAUCUGGGGUGUGAUUAAGAUUCGUGAUCGGCCAAAGGAAUCGCGUCCAAAAGUCUUUUAUCCUGGCGAACAGGAGAGUUGAUAAAAUGGAGCACGAUGAGACUGGAUGCGAAGCUCCUGAAGGUCCUAUUCUCUGUGUUAACAACUGUGGCUUCUUUGGAAGCGCGGCUACCAUGAACAUGUGCUCAAAGUGCCAUAAGGAUUUGGUGUUGAAGCAGGAGCAGGCAAAACUUGCGGCGUCAUCCAUAGAGAAUAUCGUAAAUGGUAGCAGCAGCAGCAGUAAUGGAAAGGAGCCUGUUGUUGCCGGCUCUGUGGAUGUUUCUAUUGGUUCAGUAGAGCCCAAGCUCAUCUCAACACAAGUAUCUUCUGCUUCAGCAUCAAGCGAGGGGGUAGAGGUGAAGGUGAAAGAGGGUCCGAAUAGGUGCAGCUCUUGCAGGAAGCGUGUUGGCUUAACAGGGUUCAAUUGUCGGUGUGGAAACAUUUUCUGUGCGGUUCAUCGUUACUCUGACAAGCAUGACUGCCCCUUUGAUUACCGGACUGCUGCCCGGGAUGCAAUAGCUAAAGCCAACCCUGUUGUCAAGGCAGAAAAGCUGGACAAAAUCUAAGAAACAUGAAGUGAAGGUUCAUGUGCUGUGUUGCAAACUUGCAAUGCUUCUUGUUUCAUCGAUACAUCUUCUUUUAAGUUGGUUGUUCUUCUUGUUAGGUGUCCUUUAUUGAUAUAAAUGGUUGGAAGCAUGAUAGUUAGGGCAUCCUUGCAUCUGAAGAACUCUAUAUUCCUUGUUGGUUGGCAAGGAUUUCUUUGUUGGCUCCAGUGUGUAAGUCUGUCUGUGCUGGUUUUAUGGACAUUUUGGCUUAUAAUUUGGUUACCUUUGUAAUUUACUGUUUCUAGUUCAUAUAGUAUCUCUCCGGUGGUGCAUUUGUAAUGCAAAUUCUAUGCUGCAACUAUAUGAAACCUAUCUGUGCACCAUUGUGGUUUCAAUUUUUUGGGCUUCAGUCUGCUUUAUCCUUGAUUU